GCCCUCGCCGCGAGCGCCGGUACCUCCGCUCCGCCAGAAAGAGCCAGAGCGAGUUUACUGAGCGGAAGAGGCGGAUCCGGAUCCGGAUCCGGAACCGGAGAACGAGGAAGUCGCUUCUCAGAAGCCCUCCCGAAGAUGAGAGAAUUGCUAAUUCACGUGACACUAUAGGGGGCGGGGCUAGGGAAGAGUCCAGUAGUUGUCCCUUCAACCUGCGGGUUAUGGCGGUUGCUUCCUUGGAGGAACUGGCUCCUCGGCUCGAGGAAGAAGAGGAUGAAGAAGAGGAGGAGCAAUUGGUCAUGGUAGAAUUAUCAGGAAUUAUAGAUUCAGAGUUUUUAACAAGAUGUGGAAACAAAUGCAAGAUUUUGGGAAUUGACACAGAGAGGCCUAUUCUUCAAGUGGACAGCUAUGUCUUUGCUGGGGAAUAUGAAGAUACUCUUGGAACUUGUGUUGUAUUUGAAGAGAAUCCAGACCAAGUUGAUGCAGAAGGUAACCAUAAAACAGAGCUGAAAUAUAAGUGCCACACAAUGAAGAAGCUGAGUAUGACAAGAACACUUCUGACAGAGAAGAAGGAGGGAGAAGAAAACAUAGGUGGUGUAGAAUGGCUGCAGAUCAAGGACAAUGAUUUUUCAUAUAGACCCAACAUGAUUUGUAGCUUUGCACAUCAAAAGGAAGAUGAGGAAGUUGCAGCUCAAGCCCCAGAUAAAACUUUGGAAAUAGAAGAGCAGGAAAUGCAAACCAAAGAGAACACAGGCUUGGACAAUGAACUGGAAAAAUCAGAGCACUUGGAAAUGGAGGAUGCUGGGCCUCUUCUUGACAGCCCUUCUUCUGAGACAGAAGAUUCUAUUUCUAUGGAAACUCAGGAGCCUACCUUGGAAGCCACUCCUAGGUGACAACAUUCCCAUAGGUUUUAACCAUGGGCAUAACUGGAGUUCUGAUUUUGGAGAAUUGAGUAUAUCGAUUUAUUUCUUCAUGGAUUCUACAACUAUUGGCCAGACACAAUAGUUCAGCUGCAUAGAUUUGGAUAAGUCAGGCCAAAGCAAAAAUCAGAUGAUUCUUCAGGAAAAAAAAAAUUUUUUUAAGGACUUCUCUCCUUCAGAUUCUCUAAAUUAGAGUUUGGCUGAAAUGAGUAUUAUAUGCAGGCAAAGACAUUUUCCUGAGGACUUAAAGGACUAAUGGGAACUUGAGUAGAGGGAUCCAAGGCAUAACAUAAUUACAUAUCUAAACCUUUCCUCUGAGAGGAUAACCAGGAAAUUGUAGUACUUACUGGAGAGCAUUCUAUCUCAUCCUGCUAAUUAAUUAGAACACUUUGUUUUGUACUAAAUGAUCCCCUCCAUAUUGCGGAUACUACUCCCAUCCUUUAUCUCUUCCCCAUUCUUCAACUUAAUUUUAGAGGAGUUCUGUAGAUAGUAUAUCAGGUAGGAACCCGAGACUUUUUGAUGCUCAAGGUUUUCUCCUCUGAUAACAUGAUUUCAAAGCUCUAUCUUGGAAAGACUGGCUAGAAUUUAAUUUUCAGAAUUAUUCUGAUCCUAUAACCGUGAUGGUGAAUCAAUGGUAUAUAUGUCAAAGAUAACAUGCAGAGACCUCUCUGUGGGCACAUGUGCCAUUGCCCCAGAGCUCCUUACUAGAAAGGCAAAAGGACCAGGUGGAGCUGCUCCCCUGCCCCUCUGCCCAGCAGCCAGUGGGAGUGCUUACUCCCUCGAGGAGGGAGUUCCUAGGCCAUUCCCCUCCCAUUCUCCCUCCUGUCUGGAAUAAAAGAGAUGUGGUCUCUAAAAGGUUCACUAUCACUAUAACAUUGGGUUUACUUACCUUAUUCCAAUAGUGUCAUGAUGGCAAACAGAGACUUCUUUAUAGGCAUGUGCAGGCCCUUGGUUUGGCCCCAUCACUGAAUGCAGGGGAUAAGGCAUUUUGGCUUCCCUCCUCUGUUGCAGGGACAGAGUAUGGCUGGCCCAGGCCCAGUAACCUGGUACUGUGCUCCUCCCCCUCUUCCCCCCCCACCCCCCCCACUGCAAGGGCAGGGUAUGGAGCACUGGAAUCUCCCUAGGGAGCUCAGCCCUGGCUUGGCCAGUCUGCUGACUGGCCCUGCCUCUGAAUGUGGGAAUGCAGGGAGUGGAAGGGGCAGGGAUGAGUGGGGCAUUGCAUACAGCCAGGGACAGGGGCAUGCAGUCUGGGUAGGUGAGUGGGGCUUGGCAUGCGGUCCCUAAAAAGUUCCAAAAGGUUCACCAUCACUGCUAUAGUCCAAGGAACUAUGGAAGAUCAUUUUGUAAGGUCAUAUGGCAAACCAUUCUAGAUAAGCAAGGGUUGGAUAAAUAAUAUGGUAGUAGUCUUAUUUACAUGAAAAUGGAAUGAUACUGUGAGAACCUAGGUGCAUUUUAGCUUCUCUUUUCUUUAUAAUAAUAUUUGGUAUAUGGCAAAAUAAAGUCUUAUUUUUGAGAAA